AUGAGUGCGGCUGAUGGGAGUGAGCUCAUCGGCACUGUCUACUACGAUCUGCUGGAUACCGCAACCGCAGAGGCACAACGGGCGAGUAACCAGAAAGUGCUGGACACACAGGAGUCCGCAUUAAACACCCAGGACACAUUUGCGCGAAAAGGCGGGAGGAUAGACGCUGUAUGUACGCAGAAGAGUUACACGCUGGUGCUAGACAACCCAGCCGUCAUCACCAUCUCAGCGAUGAUUGAUAAAAUGGCAAUGGCGAAGGGAGGUAUGAAAUGGUCAGUAGACGACGCGAGUGCUAAGACGGAAAGUCAACCUGCCACAGAAACCGCAACCACAAAGGAGCCCGAAACCGCAGAUGAAACCGCAACGGCAAAGGAAACAGCAGAAGACGCCGCAAAAGAGGCUGAACCCGCCAGCGAGGAGAGGUCGGAGGAGCCGGAUAACAAACGGUCUAAACCUAACACAGAGGUUGAUGAGCAUACGGCAACAACGGAAUAG